UUUAAAAGUAUCCGUAGAAUAGGAAAGUGUUUAGUGUGAGAAGAGUAAAAAUGGCGAAAAUAGGUGAAGCAAAAGUGGUGACCACAGAUGUUUUCGAAAUGGGAAGUAUCCCAUGGAAGAGUUUCAACCUUGACACAAGUGCUCCCUCUUCACCUCCAACAACAUUGCUAAUAUUUACACCAACUGUGCCUGCUGCUUACACUGUAAUUGUUUUCUACCAUGGUUUUUUCAUUCCCCCAAGCUACUACACUCAGCUCCUAUCCCGCAUAGUUUCUCAUGGAUUCAUAGUUGUUGCUCCUCAGCUGUUCUGGAACGGUUUGCCUAUGUUUGGAAGCGAUGAAAUAAAGUAUGCAGGAGAAGUUGUGGAUUGGCUAGUGAAUGGGCUUCAACCUUUGCUUCCCGAGAAUGUUGAAGCGAAAUUGGAGAAAGUGGUUCUCUUAGGUCACAGUAAGGGUGGAAAAACUGCAUUUUCAGUGGCACUAGGUUAUGCUAAAACCACGCUGAAGUUUUCUGCACUAAUCGGAAUAGAUCCUGUGGGAAGAUUAUCUAAGUGUAAGGCUACCGAAUCACCUCCUAAAAUUCUGACAGGGGUGCCACGUUCACUGAAUCUGAAUGUUCCCGUGGCUGUAAUAGGCACUGGACUAGGACCAGAAAAGGCUAAUAUUUUGUUUCCACCAUGUGCUCCUGACGGGGAGAACCACGUGGAGUUUUUCAACGAGAGCAAACCCCCCAAAGCAAAUUUUGUUGCACCAAAUUAUGGUCACAUGGACAUGUUGGACGAUGUAACACCUGGGAUAUUUGGGACCGUGCUGGCAAAGUGUUUGUGUAAGAAUGGGAAGGGUCCUAAGAAGUUGAUGAGAGAGACUGUGGCAGGGUUGGUUGUGGCCUUCUUGAGGGCUCAGCUGGAUGGAGACUACAAGGAUUUUGAUGCCAUUUUAGAGAAUCCUGGUAUUGCUCCUGCUAAACUCGAUGAUGUGGAGUACAUAACAGCAUGAAAACAACACUUGCUUUCGUUGUUUCUUCUUUUCCAUGUCUGUUUCAUUUCAAACUAGUCUUUAUAUGAAAGCUCUCUAAAGUCUUUCAAAGUAGUAAUUUGUAUCGGUAUUAUUUGUGUUGUUUCAAACUUUUAUAUAGUUUUCGAAUUCUAAAAAUAAAUAGAUACAGUUCUUAUAAUCAAGUGUAUUAAGUUUUUUUCA